CAAACUUAAGAGUCCCGCCGCCAAACUCGCGGCAGCGGCAGCAACAGCUGAUCGCUCGCUUCCCCGUGGACGCGUUUCUUCCCUCCGCGUGGAAGUUUGGCCCGUUUGGGGACCGCGAAUGCCGCCGGCCGCUUUGGCUUGCUAGUUUCGCUUCCGCAGCCCCGCGCUUGCGCCAUGGCAGAGAAGUUGCAGCCGCGCGCCUUGCGGCUCUCGCCUCCCGGCUUGGGCUUAGCCGAGGGGCGCGGGGAGCGAGGGGCCGUCAGGAUGUCGGGGGACAUGGAUGAAGAAGACGAGGCCUUCCAGCUUCCGACGGGAGGGACCAGACUGGCCUCUCUCUUUGGACAGGAUCAGACAGCUACAGAAUCUGGAAAUGUGCUCUUCCAAUACAUGUCACCCAAGCAGCCUAAAAAAGGUCAACUAGCUACCGCUGCAGGUCUGCCCACCCAGAAGCAUCAUCCUGCUGCUGCUGCUGCUGCACCCACUGCUGUGCCCGCUGCUGCUCCUGCGCCCUCUGCAGCAGUGCAUUCAGUCUUCUUCGCUACAGCUGUUGAUGCAUAUUUGUUUAGCAAUGGGAAAUAUGUGAAACAUGGCAAGUAUGGAGCAGCUGUAGUGGGCAGCAAUGCAACCAAGGAGUACAAAGUGCUUCUUUAUAUCAGCCAGCUGCAGCAGAUUGCGACCGCCAGCAUCCAUGCCUGGUUUGUAUUCACGGUGCAGCCCAACAACUACUGUACAUUUUAUGAUGAUCAGAGGCAGAAUUGGUCCAUCAUGUUUGAAUCAGAAAUGGCGGCUGUGGACUUCAGCAAGCAGCUGUGCAUUGCCAAGUAUAACAGCAGCCAAUCUCCUGACUCAGUGCUGUGCCAGGAUCUUGUUCUUGGAGAUGGCCAAGGUGUGGCGACUGGAGAUGUCCUGGAGAUCACUUUUACAGGCUGGCUGUUCCAGAACGGUAGUCUUGGGCAGGUUUUCGACUCGAAUGUAAAUAAAGAGAAGCUGCUCCGUCUGAAGCUAGGCUCUGGCAAAGUCAUCAAGGGCUGGGAAGAUGGAAUGAUCGGCAUGAAGAGAGGAGGCAGGCGGUUCCUCCUUGUCCCGCCAGCAUUGGCUUAUGGGCCUUUGGCAGAAGCUGAACGCAUUCCUCCAGACUCGACCCUGGCCUUUGAGGUGGAAGUCAAACGGGUGAGGUUUGCAAGGAAUGCACCACAAUCAGAAAGCCCCGCUACAGACCCAGCCUGGCUGACUCCUCCUACUCCCGCUCCAAAGCCAGGGGAGCCAGUUGUGCGUGCCAAAUCAAGCUCUAUUAGCAAACAGCUAGCGAAUCCUGAUGUAACAAAAGUGAAACUGAUUUCCUGUAUGGCGAAGAUGAGUCAGCCUAUGCUACCUGUCCCCUUCAUCACAUCUGCACCCCAGCAAGGCUCAGCUGACAAGGAGGUAGAGGAGCCGCAUGCCAUUCAAGAAUUUUCAACCUUCUGUCUGAACGACUACCGUCCAAUGGCCCCUCCUCAGUGGGCAAUGCAAGCUCCUCAUCCAGCUGUCUCGGGGCUCCAGGCGCCUGCUGCCCCCCAGCCACACCCACCCUUACAAGAACCCCUCAAAACUGUCAGUGUGACAAGUCACCUGACUCUCCUUUCCCUCCCCCACCUGUGUUCUCAGCCUUAUGCAGGGAUGCCAUAUGCUUACCCACAAGUGAGUGCCGCAGUUUCCCAGCUCCAGCCUGUUGGGUUGUGCCCAGCUCCUUUCCAAGCAGCUGGAGACAUUGGUACAUUCCUGCUGACAGAGACCCGGCAGCAGAACACAGAGAUCCGCCUGGCCGUUGGGAAGGUGGCUGACAAGAUGGACCAGCUGUCAGUCAAGCUGGAGGAACUACGGAAGCAAAACUCUGGCCCCGGUUUGCUGCCAGGCGUCUCUUCUGUUACCAUGGAAACCUCUAUGAUCAUGAGUAACAUCCAGCGUAUCCUGCAGGAAAAUGAGAGGUUGAAGCAGGAGAUCGUUGAGAAGAGCGGCCGCAUUGAGGAGCAGAACAAGAAGAUUGGUGAACUGAUUGACCGCAACCAACGCUAUGUGGAGCAGAGCAACCUGAUAUUUGAGCAGAGCAACAGCUCACUGCAGAGGACCAUGAAGCACACCCAGGCAAGGGUCCUACAUGCUGAACAGGAGAAGGUCAAGAUCAGCAAGAAGCUAGCGGAAGCCACAGCACAGAUCUCCCAGCUCCAGCUGGAGCUGGCCCGUCAUCAGAAGCAGGAGAUAGAUCUCCACUCCCAACUGAAUGAAGCCCUGACAGAGUCGGAGAGGCAGAAAGCCCUGGUCAACCAACUGCAGGCACAGUUGGCAGAACUUCAUAAAUCGUCUGACGACAUGAAAAGCAGAUACCAGGAGGAGAAGCUGAGUGGGAAGAAUUUGGAUGAGAAGGUGGCAGCCCUGGAAGAGGAGCUGGCUGAUCUCCACGUUCAGAAGGAGAAUCUGGAGAAGACAAUAACUCUGCAGCUGCUGGAGAGUCAGGAGGAGCAAAGGGGGAGCAGCAGCACCGAGGAGGAAGGACCUGCGGAAAGGAAGCAGCCAAGUGCCGCACCCCUUUAUGGGGAUCCCCACAGCAACUCUCUCCGAGAACCAGCACCAGUGGCAUCCCCCGCUCCUUUGGCUAAUCUGAAGGAAAGCUCAAGCAGUCCUCCAUCCACCGCUCUCGAAGGAGCCCAAGACAGUCUGCUUUUUGCAGCUCCUGAGGCUCAUUCUUUGGAAGCACCGGUUGAACAAACUUGUGCAGCCUCUGCUCAAACUGCAAGGCCGCCUCUCAGGCUCUCCGCCAGUAUUGAGAAGGAGAGGCCAAGCACUCAGGGUGAAAUGGACACAAUAGAAAUAAUUUUGAAAUAAUUUGAUUUUUUUUUACUUGCAUUUUCAUUCUUUGGGUCUUUGGCUAAUGUUUUCUCAUUUGCUUCUAUUUCCUUUCUAAUUUGAUCGAAUUUUUCCUCUCUAAUUCUUUUUUGUAUCGCAUCAUGUUGUAUAUAAAAUCCUCUUAUGAAAGCUUUGCUUGCAUCCCAUUUCACUCUGAUGUAUGUUUCUUGUGCCAUAUUUAUUUGAAAAAAAUCCUUCAGAA